UUGAAAAAAAGGAGCGUUUUUUCUCAUGUGAAUUUGCUGAAUGACCUGAAGUUAGCUCCCAAGGAUUGGCACAAUUAUCUACGCAUGGAUGAAGAUACGUAUCUGCAACUUUUAUCAUUGGUAGCACCUUUGAUAAAAAGAAAAGACAAUGUAAUGAGAGAAGCAAUCCCAGCACACGAAAGGCUGACGGCAACUUUGAGGUUUCUAGCUACUGGAAGAACCUAUGAGGACCUCAAGUUUUCCACUAUUAUAUCACCUCAAGCUCUGAGUUACAUUAUUCCUGAAACUUGUGAAGCAAUAUGGGAAGUUCUACACAAGGAUUUUAUGAAGUUUCCACGACUAGAACAAGACUGGAGAAACAUUUCUCAGAGAUUUCAGGAACUCUGGAACUUUCCCCAUUGCCUUGGGGCCAUUGACGGCAAGCAUGUGAGCAUCAUCCCCCCAUCUGGAAGCGGAUCGUACUAUUAUAAUUAUAAAGGUUUUAAUAGCAUGGUGCUAUUAGCCUUAGUUGAUGCAAACUAUCGUAUUUUAAUGUGCGAUUUCGGAACAAAUGGCAGGGUGUCUGAUGGUGGUGUAUUACAAAAUACCAAAUUUUUUGAAAAACUACAAAAUAAUCUCCUGAAUAUUCCUGGAGAAGAAACUAUCCGGAAUACCGACAGAAGCCUACCAUAUGUAUUCAUAGGAGAUGAUGCAUUUCCAUUGAGGGUAGACCUAAUGAAACCUUUUCGACAGGCAGCCUUGACUUCUAGGGAGAAAAAAAUUUACAACUACCGUUUAUCACGAGCUAGACGUAUUGUGGAAAAUGUAUUCGGAAUAUUGGCUGCCAGAUUUCGGAUAUUUCACACUUGCAUUAAUUUAGAACCGCGAAAUAUUGAAUCCGUUGUAAUGGCAUGCUGCAUGUUACAUAACUUUUUGAUAGUUAAGUCAUCAACAACAUAUAUUCCUCCAGAGUGCUUAGACUAUGAUGAUACGGAAGAAGGUGUGACACAUUUUGGAUCGAAUUCACAAGGUUCUAAUAUGGCUAGCUUGCAACGAAGACCAUUUGGAAAUACAACGAAUGCAGCAAAAGAAGUUAGGGAGGCCUUUAUGAGUUAUUUUACGAAUGAGGGUAGAGUUUCUUGGCAAGAUAGAUUCAUCCAAUAA